AUGAAUGAAUCGCUUGGUGACCGACCCUCGCCAACAGGAGCUGACGCUUUUCGGUGUAACAUGCGGGAUCCUGGGGCCGACAAAUAUACGGUGGGCUGGAUUUGUGCGCUUCCAGCGAUUGAUUCUAACUCGUACAUUCUGGGGACCAUUGACCGUCAUCACAUCGUCAUUGCACGCCUAUCGUCCGGUCAUUAUGGAACGAACAACGCAGCAAUUGUGGUGAACAACAUGCGUCGAACAUUCCGUAUAAUGCAACUCGGCUUUAUCGUCGGCAUCGCUGGUGGUUCUAGAAAACAACAGGACCACGGCUUCUUAUGGAUCAAGGGCAAUCACAGUGCAGGAAAGUCCACCAUUAUGAAGUUCGUUUACAGUGAGCAAGUUCUACGCGCCAGCAGCGAUGAAACUGUCAUGGCAUUUUUCUUCAACGCCAGAGGAGGUCCGAUGGAACGCUCCCCGAAAGGGAUGUAUCGUUCGCUGCUUCACCAGCUCCUGGGAUCCGACUCGUUGCCACAACUACGACCAAUAUUUCAUGAUUCAGCCCUCAAGCCACAUGAAACGGUGGAACACUUUGAAGAGCUUGGAACUGCGGCAAUUUCAAGUCAGAAGCAGUUGCGCAUCUGUUUCUCAAGUCGCCACGAUCCGCAUAUUGACAUCGCACACCGGCAGGAGCUUGUUCUCGAGCUCCAGCACGGACAUGAGCAGGAUAUAUCUGCCUACAUAGAAAACAAGCUCAGGAUUGGCCUCAUCGAGGGGGCAACACGGAUCAAGCGGGAAGUGCAAAGAAAGGCCUCCGCUGGAAAGCAACUGUGGGUGCUGCCUCCCAAGUUGAGUGAGCUGUUCCGGGAAAUCGUUCACCAAGGCAACGGAGACAACGGAGACGACGGGGCGAGAUGCCUCCGACUACGUGUUCAAUGGAUUGGGUUUAGCCGGCGACAGCUGACGCUGCCUGGUUAUUACUACACGGCUAUUUGUGGGUUGAGUCCCGGGGAGCUGUCAGAAUGGGACCCGAAACUCGUCACUGUUGAAGACAUGAAGCGGUUCCUCCUUAGUUCGUCUAAAGGACUCGCCGAGUCGAACAAAACGGUCGAUGAUGGAAACAAAUUCAGGGUUCAAUUUAUACACGAAUCCGUCCGCGAGUAUUUCUUGAAGCAUGGUCUUGCGGAAAUAUUUCCAGGUUUGACUACAACAGCGCUGCGGCAGAAAGGUCAUCUCGAACUACAAAGCUGCUGCCAUAGUUAUCUCGAGCAUAUCACCAAACUAUUUGGAAACACCACGAAGACGCCUGAGAAGGACCGAUGGGCUUUAAUGGACUAUGCAAUGACCCACGCCCUCCAUCAUGCUGAAAAUGUAGCUGCCGGUGGAGUUCCCCAAGCCUUGUUUCUGCGGGAUUUCUCAGAGAAGUGCUUAUUUUCUCCCGUUUUCAAGCAAUGGAGGGCGGCGAGAGAUUGUCCUACGAGCAAUAUUCCAUACUUUCUCGCAGUGUGGGGAUUUCCAACCUUGAUAACCACGGCAUUUCGGUCCAAUAGCGAUCUUAAGGUGGUCGAUGAUGGAAUUGGUUAUAAAAGCGCCUUUUUCGCUGCUUUAGAGAGAGGCGAUUGUGGGGUGGUGAGGGCACUGUUACAGCUGGAUGAGAAAAACGAACAUCUAAUGGCUUGGCUGAAAUAUGGCCCAGUCAGUCCAAAAAUCCAUCCGCUCUCCUGGGCAAUCCGCGAAGAACACUACGGCCUCGCUAAACACAUGAUAGAAACGACAGAUGGGAUCAACGUGAACAGAGACUGGCCGAUCAACUACGCCGCCGCAGCUGGCCAAGUGUCUUUGGUAUCGCUAUUAUUGGAAACAGGGGCCGACCUCCGAUACCAUGAUGAUACUGGAUAUAAGACUUUAUUUCUAGCUCUACUGUCUGGAGAAACGGCGCUCGUGUCACUACUUUUCCCCUUGGCCGAUCAUAGCUCGCAAACCAUGAGACUGUUGCUUCUCCUGGCUGCGAAAUACUGCCGUCUUCCUAUGGUACGAACAGUAGUUAAAGCGCUAUCUACCCUCGAGCUUGACUCUCGUGCUCCUAUCACGGAAAUGUUGCUAGGCAAGGGAGUAAACAUGAGCAUUCCGACAAGGGGGCUUUUGCCUCUACAGACAGCAAUUCGUCGUGGACUUGAUCAAGUCGUGGUGCUACUUCUUCAAGGUGGCGCCGAUGUCGAUGCCAAGCAAUGGAAGGGCCAAACAGCGUUAUUACUUGCAGUUGAACGAGGUCACCUGGCUCUCGCCACAGCUCUUAUGGACAAGUACGGGGCCAGGCUCGAACUCAAGGACGAGACCAAGCAGACGCAGUUAUUACUGGCCUGCAAAUUGGGGGACAUAGCUAUGGUUGAAGCUCUACUGGCAAGAGGCGCAAGAGUGGACAGGAGGGAUAUGAGGGGGAGGACCGCUUUGACACAUGCAGCCAUAGGCGGAUACGAGAGGAUCGUUGGACUUUUGCUCUGUCGUGGUGCCGACCCCAAUGCUUCUGACGACGCCAGUGAAACGCCCUACUCGUUUGCGAGUCAUCACAUGCGUGGAAUUUUCCAUCGAUAUACGUACAACGGCAGGUAUAACCUUGCCAUGCUGCGAACGGAAAAGUAG